GCAUACGUGGAGGUGAGCGGAAACAGCCCGCCGCCACCAAUCACUUCAGGCGUUUCAUACGAAAACAUUCGUAACCGUAUCUUCUGCUACACCAUUUAGCAAGUUACCGUUUCCAUGACUCUAACGUGCUACUGAAUGACAGUCAAACAAGAUAAAGCAUCGUUACUUCAGAUAGGAAAGUUUUAGGUUUAUUAACGGUAACGCAAUGGCUGGAUUAACAGAGGAGCGUUUGCGCGUGGUCGCGAUCAUUCACGCGCUGAAGUCAGUCGGCAUCCGUGUGAAAAACUGGAAGAACUUUCUGAAUGGAGAAUCAAACACUGAACAAAUUUUCACAGAGAAAUAUGGACUACAACGGUUUGCGUUUGGGCGACACCUGCCCUUGCUCCCUCAACAGCACCUGUCUGAAAUGGGCGGUACAGUACCUCAGUUUCUUGUGCAGGCCUGUGGCUACCUGUCGCAGCAUCUAUAUACUGAAGGUCUUUUUAGGAAGACUGGAUCCCUGAGUCGCAUCCGCGGGUUGAGGGCAGAUCUGGAGCAGGGAAAGACAGUCUUCCUCCCCCCUCACGCUGACCUCUUGCAGCCAUGCGACGUUGCAUCUCUUCUCAAGCAGUUCCUGCGUGAGCUGCCAUCACCUCUCAUCCCUACAGACCUCCAGGGUCCUCUGAUUCAGGCUCAGGGGCUUGAGAUGUCACAUGACCAGGACGGGGCGAGAACCAGAACAACUAUGCUUAUAACAGCUCUGAUUCCUUCAUCUCACGCUCGUACGCUGAGAUACAUCUGCGGCUUUCUGCGUCAGGCUGCAGAAAGAUCCAAUGAGAACAGAAUGGAUCUGAGCAGUCUGGCAGUUGUGAUCGCUCCUAACCUGCUUCAGUGUCCAGCACAACCCAGCAAACUGACAGUGGACACUGAGAAACAUCUAGACCAGCAGGCAGCAGUCAUCAAAACGCUUAUUCUUAAUGCAGAUCGUAUUGGUAUUGUUCCUUCAUGCGUGCUGGAGGCAUCAAAAGCAACAGGGGCGGCAGACACACCCUCUCCUACAGGUGGUGCCAUGUUCAGUAAAAGAACAGGACUCAGUGUGUACAGAAGCCUGAGACGACAACGGAGAAGAAGUGUUGGUGAGAUAUUUGUAGAUGCUUUUUCUAAACUGAAGCCAAGCCGUACUCCCACUGGACCACCUAUAUCCUUAGAUGUUAUGCUUGUUCCUCCACUCUCAAAAAGUCCCACCCCUCAGUCUCCAAUCACAAUCAAACGUAAAGCCGCAGAGGAGAUGGUCCCUGAACUUGAAGGGUCUGCUAAAAAACGGCGUUCUUUGCAUGACCUAAGAGAAGACAAGCAGUCUUCACUCAGCCAGCCAACAGAGAAAUCCGCAGGUGGUCACAGUCCCCUGGAGGAAAAGACUAGUAAGGAAGAUCUCAACACUUGCAAGAAGAGAUACCAGACCAGAGAACAAAGGAAAUCUUUUUGGCCAACAGAUAAAGAAGAAAAGAUUCGUCGAAGAAAAAAAUCUCUUCGCUUUUUCACUGUGUCCAACCAUAUAUCAUUGACACCAACACACAAAGACACUGAAAACUGUUCAGAAGAUCACGGAGUACAAACUGACUAUAGGAGUAGUACUGAUGCUGAUGAAUCCCCAAGGCUACCACUUAUACUCAUUGAUGGACCAGGAGGAGCAGUUGUCAUUGGAAAUGAGGUUGAAGAUGAUCCAGAUCUUCUUAACUGCAGUUUUGUUGAACGCCCCAAUGACUUUAUAAAUGGUAUGGGAUCGGAAGUAUCUUGUGGUCAAAGAAAGGACAUAGAGGAACCCUGUGAAGAUGAAUGCUGGACUGUGCUUGAAGAUGACAAGUUUGAACAGUUAGAACAUGCACCGAUAAAAUCUGUAACUCCAAGUGCAGCCCAGGAGGUUGAGGCAAUAACAGAACAGGAACAAAAGCCAGAGGAAAAGCCGGUGGAAGAACCACCAAGUAAGGAGUCCAAAGAAGUUAAGAAGAGAUCGAAGAACCGAUCCCGUCCACGUAGAUCCAUAAGCUUGCCUGAGGUGACAUUGGAGUCGUGUUGUGAUGAGAUUCCUGAGUUGGAAAAGGAAUUUGGUAGAGCUGAACCAGAGGUGGGAAACAGUGUCUGGCCAAUGUUUGGAAGUUUGACCCUCUCAGACAAGCAGGAAAAUGAAACGAUGGAUAAGGAGAAUGUAGGUAGUAGAGAAGUGGAAGAGAUGACAAGCAGCAUUAAAACACGGAAGAAUUUUAAACAAGACAAAAUGGCAGAUUCGACUAUCGGUUUCAAAAGACCCCAUCAGCGGUUGUCCAUGGCUGAGCGUCUUCGAGGCUUCAGUGCUUUGACCUUGCUGCUGCGGACGUCACGGACUGCACCUCAGUUUCGGGAUAAGCCGCAGGAAUGCCUUCAGAGGGGUGCCACGCGCCUUCGAAGGCAGGGGGCACGCCGGUUUGGUCGGUCUAUCAGUCAUGAGGGAGUAUCAGAGAGACCACAAGAGAGGAGUCCUGAGGGAUCACCACCAUCAAAUCAGGCUUUCAUAGGUAUAUGUGACGCUAGCCCUGAUUCAGGUGUGGAGUCUGUGGAUCAUGAACUGAUUAAUGACUUGCAUAGAGAAGAAACAACACACAAUUCUCCCAAAGGUCAUUCAAGAAAUGAUGAGAUUGUGGAUUGUUUUCUAGCAAGCACAGAUCAAGAGCCAAAGUCUCCAACAAACAAAAUGGAGUCCUUAAGUAAGCAAUCAGACCAGCUUAACAAACCCACACCGGAUGUCGAAGAGUCUGAUCUUUAUAAACUGUUGGAUCAGAAAUGUCACAUUGAUGAUCAAGAGGAAUAUCGUUUUCAGCCUCUUGAAGAACAUCAAGUUGUAACACCUGUUUCUACAACUCCAACGUUCUUCCAGCAGAUGGUGCCAUUGAAUCCCUUUGAAGAUACAAGCCCAGUUGAAAAUCUGAAAACAGAUCAAGUUUCUUCUCUCCCCAAAAGAGUUGAGCAAAAUCCCUCAUGGCUGGAUUCCAGUCCCACAUUUCAGUUUGCACCUUGUAAAGCUUUUGGGGCUUUGAUGCUUGAUGAUAUUGUUUCUGAAGAUGACACCGAUGAAAGAUUACCUUAUGAUUUGUCUCCUCCAGCAUUUCAAUUCAAACGUCCGACCACUCGAAGACACUACAGAGACUCUCCCCGCUGGCCCUCGCAUGAGGUCCGCAUGUCUACUUGGAACCCCGUGUCCCUUUAAACGUUCUAGUUCUUGUUAAUUGGUUUAAUAAAUAUCAGUUCCCCAUGAAAUGGCACUUGAAUCUGGUUUGUUACAUCAGAUUGUUCAGUUAUGGAACAGUGAUUUUUAUCGAUGGUGUUUUUGUUUGUCAAAUUUUGUCUUUGUUCUUAAUAAAGUUUUAAUAGUUAA